AUGUCACUUCCUUUCAAAAUCUUCUCAUUCGAUCCCAAGGGAACCAAGAGCAUCCCCAACGCAGCUAUCAUUGUUCUUCAGGAAUGGUGGGGUAUUAAUGAUCAGAUCAAGAGACAUGCCCAACGCAUUGCGGACAACACUGGUGCACAUGUCGUUGUUCCCGACCUUUACAAGGGAAAAAUUGGCCUGACAGCAGAGGAAGCAAGCCAUUUGAUGAGCAACCUUGAUUGGAAAGUAGCUAUUGGAGAGCUUGAGCAGCUGGUAGAAUAUUUGAGAGAUCUGAAGAAAACACACAUCGGAGCUAUCGGUUUCUGCAUGGGUGGUGCUCUGUCACUUGCUUUGGCUGCCAAUGCAGCUGAACAUGGUAAGCCUAUUCAGGUUGCUAUCACCUGUUAUGGUAUUCCUGGUGCUCCCUUUGACGUCAAAAAGAUUACCAAAGCCACCUCUGUCCAGGGCCAUUUUGGUGGAAAGGAUCAAAUGGAUGGAUUUAGUGAUCCUGCCUCAGCUCGUAAGCUGGAGGUCGAUGUUUCAGGAGCCAAUGAUCUCCACAUAUAUAAUUAUCCAGAACAAGGACAUGCCUUUUUGAACGAUGAUGAAUGGAGUAUUGCGAAGCGCAAAGAGAAUGGAAUGGUUGACAAAUCAAUUGAUCCUUUGAAGGAUGAGAAGCCAGUCCGUGAUCUUGCUUGGAGUCGAAUCUUUGAUUUCUUCCACAAACAUCUUGUUUAAUAAUUCUUCAAUUCACCAGAAAUGUGUACACAUGUAUUAAAGAAAUAAUCGAAGAAUUUUUUUAUAUUCAUUCCUCGUGAAUAAAUUAUAUACAUAGCACCAAUGGAUCAAAAAUAAACAUCCUAUAUAUAUAU